AUGACGUUGCUAACAACAAACGUUGCUGGCACCCAACAAGCUUCAACAACCAACUAUGCUUCCACACAACAAGCUGUCGCUGGCAGUAAUGACGCCACACAACAAGCUUCAACAACGAACGUUGCUGGCACACAACAAGCUUCAACAACAAACGUUGCUGGCACCCAACAAGCUUCAACAACCAACUAUGCUUCCACACAACAAUCUGCUGCUGGCAGUAAUGGUGCCACACAACAAGCUUCAACAACAAACGUUGCUGGCACACAACAAGCUUCAACAACCAACUAUGCUUCCACACAACAAGCUGCUGCUGGCAGUAAUGACGUCACACAACAAGCUUCAACAACCAACUAUGUUUCCACACAACAAGCUGCUGCUGGCAGUAAUGACGUCACACAACAAGCUUCAACAACCAACUAUGCUUCCACACAACAAGCUGCCGCUGGCAGUAAUGACGCCACACAACAAGCUUCUACAACAAACGUUGCUGGCACACAACAAGCUUCAACAACCAACUAUGCUUCCACCCAACAAGCUGCCGCUGGCAGUAACGACGCCACACAACAAGCUUCUACAACAAACGUCGCUGCCACACAACAAACCUCAACAACGAACGUUGCUGGUACACAACAAGGUCCAACAACCAACUAUGCUUCUGCACAACAAGAUGCCGCUGGUAGUAAUGACGUCACCCCACAAGCUUCAACAACGAACGUUGCUGGUACCCAACAACCAUCAACAAACAACUAUGCUUCCACACAACAAGCUUCCGCUGGCAGUAAUGACGCCACACAACAAGCUUCUACAACCAACAAUGCAGGUACCCAACAAGCGGCCACAACCACCUAUGCCUCUGCUUUAAGCAGUAAUGACGCCACACAACAAGUGGCCACAACCAACUUUGCCUCUGCAAAACCAACUGCUUUAAGCAGUAAUGACUCCACAGCUCUCGCCAAUACUGUCUCGGUCAGUAACACACUUUCAGAUACAGCACCAGCUGCAACAAAUGUGGAUGCUGGAACUCCAACUGGCUCAGGCGCUAACUCUCUCUACAUUGAGUCAACACGAGGCGCAGCUGCAAAUAGUGGAUCAAACACACUAUCAACUUUCGAUAGAUUAAAUAAUGCUAAUGCCAACGUCGAUGCAGUAAGUGGAAGCACACAAACGACAAAUGGUGCCAGCUUAGCGGCAGCAGGUACUAACGCAGUAUCUGGAACUAUUGGGUCAACGGUUUCUGGACAGUAUCAAGUACCUAGUCGCGCAACUGUUCCCAUCAACUCUGGGUCUGUCAUUAACGCAGGGACUCCUACUAACGUAGAGUAUCCAGCAGCCAACACAAUGAAGAUUGUUCUGGACGCUGAUGCUACCCCCUUUACUUCCCAGCAACCGACAUCUGGUUCCAACACAGUUUUGAAUAUUGGCGUGACUGCUACCAGAGACAUUGCCCCUAAUCCAGAAGCAGGUGUUGGAUCUAAUGUUAUUGCCAAUUCAGUCGCAGGGGUAAGAACUAACACACUGAUAAGCUAUACUGGGAAAUUGCUUGCUUCAAGAAAUAACGUUGGAACGUCAUCGGGAACUGCAAACAGCAUUGGCUCACCCAAAUCUGUGUCUAAUACAGUGGACAAUACAGACACAGUUGGUGCCACCAGAACCACAGCUCCAACUGCCGAACCUGAAACGUCUUCUACUACAAGUGCCAAAGCUACACCUUCUGUAGCAGCCACUGCAAACAUUGGUAGUGGAUCUGGAAGUACGGGACCAACUGCCGAACCUGAAACUGCUUCUACUACAAGUGUCAAGGCUACACCUUCUGUAGCAGCCAGUGCAACCAUUGGUAGUGGAUCUGGAAGUACGGGACCAACUGCCGAACCUGAAACUGCUUCUACUACAAGUGCCAAAGCUACACCUUCUGUAGAAGCCACUUCAACCAAUGUCGGUGGAUCUGGAAGUACGGGGCCGACUGCCGAACCUGAAACCAACACUGACCAGCAAACUGGAGCACCUACAUCUGCCCCGUCCAACACUGGAAGCUACACCAACACUGUGCAACAAACUGGAGCACUUACGUCUGCCCCGUCCAAUACUGGAAGCUACACCAACACUGCCCAACAAACUGAAGUACCUACGUCUGCCCCAUCCAACACUGGAAGCUACGCCAACACUGCCCAACAAACUGGAGCACCCACGUCUGCCCCGUCCAACACUGGAAGCUACGCCAACACUGCCCAACAAACUGGAGCACCCACGUCUGCCCCGUCCAACACUGGAAGCUACAUCAACACUGUGCAACAAACUGGAGCACCUUACGUCUGCCCCGUCCAACACUGGAAGCUACAUCAACACUGCCCAACAAACUGGAGCACCCACGUCUGCCCCGUCCAACACUGGAAGCUAGACCAACACUGCCCAACAAACUGGAGCACCUGCGUGGAGCGUCGCCAACACUGUACAAACACUGCUGGAGCACCUGCGUCUGCCCUGUCCAACACUGGAAGCUACCCAACACUGCCCAACAAACUGGAGCACCCACGUCUGCCCCGUCCAACGCUGGAAGCUACGCCAACACUGCCCAACAAACUGGAGCACCCACGUCACUGCCCAACAAACUGGAGCACAAUACUGGAAGCUACACCAACACUGCCCAACAAACUGGAGCACCCACGUCUGCCCCGUCCAACACUGGAAGCUACGCCAACACUGUGCAACAAACUGGAGCACCUGCGUCUGCCCCGUCAACGAUUGGAAGCCAGACCAACACUGCCCAACAAACUGGAGCACCCACGUCUGCCCCGUCCAACACUGGAAGCUACACCAACACUGCCCAACAAACUGGUGUACGUGUUCCUAGCACAUCCAUGA